AUGGGGAUGCUGGUGUUUGUGCUAGGCAGCCUAAAAUGGGCGCUGCUUUGCUUCGUCCUCGUGCUGGGGGUCGGCAAAGCGAUCGCGCGAGUGGCCAGCUGGGUCGCCAACAACGCCUGUCAAGUGUGGCUGCGACGAAGGCCGGUCAGCUUCUCUGUUGCCGGCGCUAGCUAUAAGCUUAGCGCCUGCCGGCUGGGUGUGGUAGAGGUCGACCUGUUCUCGGGUUGGCUGCGAUCGCGGGGGCGACUGCCAUGCCUUGGGGUGGUCUUGGCAAGUCUGGACUUGCGAGUGGAGGCGUCGUUUCCUGAGGGGCACCAUGACGGCGAUGCAGCAGCCGCCGUCGGGAAGGCCGAAGCUCGACCCACUGGCCCCACGCCCGCCUCGGCCUCGUCCCCGGCUGCCUCGGAGCUCAAGACCCUGCUCACGUCGCUCUUGUGGGAGAACCUGGCGACUUGGGUUCUCAGCCAGUGCGGCGUUACCGUGUUUGGGAUCAGGGUGGUGCUGGACUACCGAGGAAGUUCGGCGGGGGUGGCCGACUGUCGCACGGGGCGGGGGGUACGCAGCAGGGCGGACGGGUGUGUGUUUGUAUCGACGGAGGUGUUCGUGUCGUGUGUGGAGGCGUUUGCGAAGCCGCUGGAGCGGGGCGGAGGGGGGACCAAGCUUGCGGUCCGGAUAGAACAGGAUCCCGAGCAUCCGAUCCUCUCCACUUCCCUCGGCACCACUGACGGUGUAACUGUCGACGGUGAUGUAACCCUGGAGGUCGACCUGGUUCAUGCUCCAAUACGAGGAGACCGUCGCGGCAUCGGCUGCCGUCUGGUGUCAGCCGUGCGCGUCGUCUCCACCUCGCUGCGAGGCGUUAUCCGCGAGGGGGACAUGAGGGCCUUCGACUCGUGGAGAGGCAUUUUUGUUGCACCCGAGCGGAAAAGUUGCGGCGCUGCUGAUCCUCCCGGCGGAGACGGGUUCGGGCGCCCCGGGACGGGCCGUGACGCCGGGGGUGACGCCGGUGAGGAGAGAAAUGCCGCCGGGGGUGGCGUCGGAACCGCAGCGGACGAAGAAGUUUCGCCGCCUUGGUCGUUCCUGUCGCCGACGUUGUCGUUGGAGGCUUCGUUGGAGGGGUUGCGUGUAGAGGUGGUCGGGGACGAGGAAGCACGUUGUGUCGGCGCUGGAGACGGUGGGGAGGAGGAGGGGCGUGACGGCCUUGUUCCCGAGCCGGUAGGGGGGCUCGGCGGACAGGAACUCGGCGCGAGCGACGAAGAGGGGGACUCUGGGUUGUUGUCACGGCCGCGCGAGCCGGUGGGAUUACCAGUCGGAGAUCGUGGCCGGGACGAUGAUGCCCACGCGCAGCGACAGAAGGGCUGUCUGCAGCGGCGAAAGGCGGAUGCUCCUAGCGUCGUCGCGGAGGUGAAGGGGCUCCGUGUGGGGGUGGACAGCGCGGGGGUGGACAGCGACGACAAUCGCGCUGUGGGCACGAGAACGGUAAGCGUGGCAGUAAAAUGGUCGAGCGUUGCUCUGUUGGCCGGCGGCGGAGGUACCGCCUGCGGGGGCCAAGACGACGAUGUCGGGGGUGGAGGCCACUCGCGUUCUUCCUCAACUUCUCAGUCGCAAGGGGGGGUGUCGAUGUCUUCGUCUCCGGAUAGCGAUGCUGCUGAGCGGUUGCGAGCGUUAUCAGGGGCUUCGUGGAAGGGCGGAUUGGGAACGGCGGGCGUUGGGGUGAAGCGCAAGUGCCUGCCGAUUCACCUCGGGAAGCUCUCGUUGAGUGCGGAGGCGGGGAUGGAGGGCGCCGCAAGGGCAGCGGAGAUCGUCGCCUCCGGCCGGCUGGCUUUCGGCCGCUUCACCCUGUCCCGUGAUGGGCUGCUUGUGUUGCUUUGGGCGGCGAAGCUGGUGCCAGCUUUCACGCGGCCACCGCCACCACCACCGCUCACAUCGGAAGAGACCCACCGGGUCUUCGGCCGGACUCCGAACGCUCGGCCACGAGGGAGAGCCCAGCCAGACCCCCCCCCCGGCAGCGACGGCUCGGACGCCGGGGAAGCUGGUGUCGGGACGGCGGCGGCGGCGACGAUCAUUCGAUUGACAGUCCCUCGCGUCGGGAUACGUGCUUGCUCGACAGCGGUAGCGCUGGCCGCAGCCCCGCCAAGUAGUCGGGAAGUAGCCGGUACCUCGGGCGGGGCGUCGGUGACCGUGUCCGCGGAGUCGGUGGAGGGCCACUUCGAGGUGGAGGAUCCGGGGACGAUGGUACCGCCGCCGCCGCCGCCGGGGCCUUUGGGACAGGAGCCGCAGGACUCGACGGCGGUGGCAACGCCGCGGCGAGAAACUCAUCGCUUGCGCUGGCUGGCGAUUCGCAAAGCCACGUUCGUCACGGGUGGGUCGCGGAGCGGUGGUACAGAGAGCGAUGUGUCGGGAGGGCGCCGCGGUAGUAGCGGGCGUAGUGGGGUACCCGGUCCGCCCAUUGCGGCAGCGGCGGCAGCGGCGGGAGUGGAUGGUCUGGCGGUGGAGGGCGUGUGGGCGGAGUGGAGUCCUGCGCUGUUCUUCUUGGCGGGACAAUCUGGCGCUAUGAUCGUCUCGUCCCUCAAGGCCGCAGGUUUUCUCCCAGCCCCCGUCUCUAGGUCAGGCCUCGGCUACGACCCGCUGCAGUACUGGUCGCCGCCGCCGCCGCCGCCACCGCCGCCGCCUGUGUCGCCGCCUCGGUCCGCCGGCAUGCCAUCCCCUGACGCAGACGCGGCGGCGAGGAGGGGUCCACCGCGAGGUUUCCCCGGCGACGCUCUCGGGCUCCCCGCCGUCGGCGCGACCUCCCGCGCCGCCGCCUGCUUCGCGAACAGAGUGUUCUCGGGGGGCGACCUGCUGCCGGCCGUGGCCGACCUGCUGUGGCGACCCUCCGAAGAACGGGCGGAACACGCCGGCCGUGGCGGUGGCGGUGACGCUAGAGCUGCCGGCGAUACGAGCGGGGAAGCAAGGCCCGGUGGCAGCGGCGGCGGCGGCGGCCGCAGGGUUGGCGCGGCCGGGGGUAGCAGGGGAAAGGUGAAGAUCCCGAAGGUCUUCACGGCGUCCGUUCGAGACGUGCGGGUGGAGUUCCCGUACCAGGCCGGCGUUUGUCCGGGGGACAUGGAGUACGGGGACGUCGUCCGGUGGCUGCGGCGCUUCCGGUGCUGCUCCACCACGGACGGGUUUGGCGGGGAGGUCGCUGACGCAGGGCCUCGUCGGGGAGAGGUCGAGGUUAGUGGCGGGUGGGGUGAGAAAGUGCGGAGGGAUGACGACAAGCUGCUGCCGCCUCGCCGGUGCCACAGUCUUCCCGCGUCCACGGCCUCCUCCGGCGGCGAUGCCGGCAGCUCCCACCUCCCGCUUAGAGAUAGCCUAGCCUGGUCAUGCCAGUACGUUGAGGCGCGAGAGUUUGACAUGAGCGUGGCGGUGUCGGGCGGCGGCGGCGGCGGCGGCGGCGGUAGCGGCGUCCUACCUAUCCUAAACUGCGCCAUCUCGGGGGUGUCGGUGUCAACCGCCGGGUACGCUCGCGGCGGCAACGUCGGCGACGGCCGGGGGGGUGGUGUCCGCCGUACAAGCUCCUUGCUGGAGGCGGCGAAGAGGUCGACGUCAUCGCCGACCCCUAUGCCGGGCGGAGCGUUGCCACCUUCCGGGGCAGCUAAGACGCGGCAGGUCGACGACGGAACCGGGGCUACGGCCGCCGAGGGGGGAAGUGGGGGUAAGCUAUCCCACAGAGUCCCCGGUCGGCGGGGGGGGCUGGGGCGCCAGUCCUCGUCUGCCCGCUUUGCGGUCGCCUUGGGCGGCACGAGGCACUGCCCGAACACUCGAAAAAGGUUCUUGCGGGUGUCAAAGUUCGCCGUGCUGCAGAUGUUCUCGGCAGACAGGCGGCCGGCCGGCCGGCCGGCCUCGCGUGUCGUCGACAUUCUGGCCGAGGGAGUGGACGGCCACUGGACGCCCGCCACCCACCUCAAGAUCAUCAAGCCCGUCCGCGAGGUGACCCUGAGCAUCUGGAAGGCCAUGCUCCAUCUCCGCAGGGCGUGGCUCGCCCACCUUUCUCUGUCCCGCGGGGGAAGCGGCGGCGACGCCUCGUCCGUCUUGGGCGGGGACCGGUGUCCGCCCUGGGACGACCCUGCGGCGCUGGAGUACUGGGUGCGGGCGUGGGUGGCGGGGGGUCCAUCGGGUCCUGCUGGGGACACCCUGCACAGGUUACACGCCCGCGACGUUUCGCUUAAGGCGCGGUGGCCGGUCCAACCCCAAUCGCCUGCGGCUCACGAGCACGCCACGGCAUCACCCUCUGCCGCCCCGGCCGCAGCAGCAGCAGCCAAGAGGAAGGCUCCCGGAACAAUCUUCCCGGACGCGGAGGAAUACGGCGUGCGGAUGAGCGUCGGCGUCGAUGAGUUCCUCAGCGAGUCUGUGGGGGAGCACUUCAAGUUCCUGCGUACCGCGGUCGACCUCGACGGCGACUGCUUGGCGUCCAUCUCGACCUUCAGCAUCUCUCGGACCCUCGGAGACACGUGCAUCUCCCCCGCCACCGCACCCCGUGGUCCCUCCGGAGAAACAUCGCGGGAUGACACCGGGGGAGCUCCCGGCGGUGCCGGUCCCGCAGCAGCCACGGCGUCCGGCUUGCGAGGGGAGGAAGGAGCAACCAAGCACGAGGUCCCGUCCUUCUACCUUCCCACGGAGCCGUCCGAGCGGCGGAUCGUCGGGGCUUGCUUCCACGAGCUCAAGGCUCGCGCGAUGGCCGUAGCCGCCGCUGCCGCCGCCGCCGCCGGUGGUGCUGCCGCUGCCGCUGCUACGUCGGCGGGAGAGGGCGGCUGCACGAAUCAGACGCCCCGGCCAAGCGGCGGCGGGGCUGCGGAGGGCGGCGGCGGUGACGGGGCGGGUGUGGGCGAUGCCGGUGGCGGUGACAGCUGGUCCCGUGAAUGGACCGCCGGUACCGCGGCCGGUGCUCGUUCCUCUACGCGGAGAAGCCCCGUGGGCGACGGCGGUCGCACCGCUGCUGUGAAUGCAAGUAGUGCUACCCAAAGCUCCGCCGGCGCGGGGGGUCAGUCCGUCGGAAGCGGCGACCCGCCUGGCGGCGGGAGGAACAACCGAGGAGCCGUGGUGGGGACGACGAGAGCGUUGGAGCCGUGGCUGCUGCCGCUCGUGACGAGGCCGGCGGGGUUUCUCGUGGAGGUUGAGGGGGCUGUGGUGAGGGCCGGGCACGGCCGGGCACUGGGGAAUCGGCUCGAUUCCCUCGCGCUGCAGACUAAGGCGCUCGCGGUUGCGCUCUCGGAGAUGCCCGGCAGGUGGCAUCCCUUGAGGGGAGGCCCCUGCGACGACUUCCACCGGAUGUUUUGGAAACCCCCGAUCCCUGAGGAGGCUUUCGUGGCGUCGUCUGCGCGGCCGCAGGACAGGCAAGGGGCGUGGGGGGUCCACGUCUGGCUCCGCGCCCGGGGGUUAGCCUUGGAGAUCGCGGACGAACCCCUGGAGGCGUGGUUCGAGGCCAUGCACCCUGUCUGGUCGAGGCAGCUUGCGGCUCGGGUGUUCCGCAGGGCGCUUCUGCUGCGAAGGCGCACGGCGGCCGGCGGCCGCAGCAGUCGGAACGGUAACAGGGCGGCGGGCGCGGGAGAAGACGAGGGUGCUGAUGCUGCGGAGGUGGCGGCGGCGGCAGCGGCGGAAGCAGCGGCGGUUGAACGGGAAGGGGACGAGGAGGACGCAAGGUCCUACCUGGAACACGUUCGAGACACCUUCGGCGAUCACGGGCCGCCGCCGGCAUUCCCGCUACCGGGGGCAGCGACAGCAACAGCAGCGAGAAAGAAGGCGGCGGCGGCGGCGUCGCCGCGGCCCGGGGUGUGGGGGUGUGAGGGGGGCGGGACAUGGUCCCCUCGCCUUGUGCGGGUUCGUGUGGGGGACGUGUCUGCCGACGUUACCCCGCCUUCCGGCGGAGAGGGUCUGUGCAGAGGCUUGUUGGAUCGGCUGGACCGACACCCUCCUCCCGUCGGCACCGGCUUCGGGGUCCUCGCGAGACUCGGCUUUUCGGUCAGGUGCUCCAACAUUGUGACGAGCCUGCGUCAGUUCGACCAGCCCCUCUUCUCGUGCGAACGGGUUUCCGCCGGAGGCGUUGCCAUGGUCGCUUGCGCCAGAGCGCCCCCCCACAGCGGCGGUAGCCUCACGGGCGUGAAGGUCGUGGUCAUCGACGAGAGGGAAGCGGCAGCAGGCAACGCUACCGCGGCGGCGGCGACCCGCGGGAGACAGCACGCGGCGCCGAGCGAAGUGGCGGGGGGGGGCGGGAGGGGAAAGGUGGCGGUGGUGACGCGCGACCUUCCUCCUAAGGUGUACCUGGAUCUGUCGGUGUGUGUCGAACGGCCGCGGUUCGAGUUCAGCCCCGCUCACACGUACGCUCUCGCCGACCUGGCGAGCGCGGCAACGCUUCUCCUUCCUCCCAACCUCUUCCCGCAGGUGGCACCUGGAAGCAGGGGGACGGGGACGGGGCGGGACGUGGUGCCCCCCCUGGCUUGGUGGGACGCCGGGCGGUGCAUGGUUCACGGGAAAUUCGACGCCACUGUUUUCGGAGCUCCAGCCACUACCGCACCGGGCGGCGGCAGGCCUGCGGGCCAGUCCGGAACCGUUCCCGGGAGCGGUAACGCGAGCCCGGGGUCGUCUUCGCUGCCGACUUCCUCUGGGCACCGACUAUCGUGGAAGAGUGGCGGGGUUUGGCGGAGAGAUCGGAGGGGCAGCGGUAGCGGCGGCGGCGGCGGCGGCGGCGGAGGUGUCGACGAGGGCGACAGUUUCGGCAGCAUGCGGUCGUCGUCGCCGCCGUUUCCGGAGGUCGUGGGGAUCAGCGGCGGUGGUCGGAGACACAGCGGGCCUGUUGGCGUAGGGAUGGGCGGCGGAGGGGGAAAGAACUCCGCCUUUGGGGUCGGCGACAGCGGAACCGGCGAUGCCGGUGGCAAGGGUAGUAGGAGGAGGAGGAGCAGGGGGGAAGGUCUUGAAGGGUUGGAGAAGGGGAAGACGCUGAUGGUGACGUGCGUCGUGCUGAGGGUCGGGUGGGCGGGCGCCGGGCGGGUAGCGCUGGAGACGACGGGUUUCGGAGUUGAGGCGUCGCCGCCUCCCGCUCCGGGGCUCCCCCCGCUGUUCGAGCUCCCCACGCUGAGGUGCACGUUCGUCGUCGCCUGGCACACCCUUGGGGGACCCUCCCCGGACCACUGGGUGUACGUUCGCCCCACGGUGUCAUCAUCGUCGUCCUCCUCCACCCGGCUAGCGGGAACAUCAUCCGGCUCUGCAGCAUCUUCCACCCCGAAGCAGCAGAAGCAGCAGCAGCAAGCACCACCGUCCUCUCCGGGAACGAGGGCAGAGCCAGACCCGAGUACGAUCGGCCAGGAUCUGUCUGCCGUUGGGGGCACCGCCGUGGCGGGCGGGGGGGCUAGAGAAGAGGGGGUAGGCGGGGGAGCGCAGCAGGUCCGUGCAACCCUUCCCAACCGACCGACGGGCGCAACCCUGCCAUCGCUUCCCCCGGGCACCGAACUCCCGGAGUCUUUGGUGUCCGAUCUGUCGGGCCUCCCGCCCAGGAUGUCAGCGUCCGUGUUCGGUUGCUGUCUCGGAUGGGCCGUGGAGUGGGGCACUUGUUUCUCCAAGGUUCCCCCGGUGCCGGUGCCUCGCCGCAAGUGCAGGGUGCCCACGUCUCUCGGCUGGCCGUCACCCGGGACGCAAACCAGCGCCACCGGCGGUAGCACGGCCGGUGUUGGGGCUGUCGGAAGCAGCACGGCGAGGAAGAGGGCCAGCAGCAGCGAUGCGACCGUGUUCUCCAGGCUGAGGAGAGAAGCGGAGGGCUCCUCGUCUUCCCGCGCGGUUGUCGUGUCUAGUGAUGAUAACAGCGGCGGCGGCGGUGGCGGCGGUGGGCAGACCCCCGCGGUGAUCGUCCAACCGCCGUGCGACAGCUUCGCGGAUCUGGUGCGAGGGUUCCGCUUGGGGCCGGUGUUUCUUGCGGAGAUGGACGCUUCUGCGUACAACACGGCUCCUGCAGACCCGCACAAGCGCGGGGUGCGGCUGUCUAUCCGCGGUGGCGUCGCCGCCAGCCUUUGCUUCUCGGUGGAGAAGUCCGGAGCUAUCAACCCCUUCACCACGGGCAGGGUCGUCAUCCCGACCACCAGCCUGGUGGUCACCACCGUCCACGGACUGAGGCUAAGGGCCGGGAAGAUCGAGGCCCGAGGCGGCGGACUGCAGUCUUCGUCGCUCCAGGCCCACGCACACGCCGCCGCCGCCGCCGGGUUGUCCUCCUUUGACACCGACGGGAUCGACCUCGCCGUUGGCUACGCCGACACCGCUGCGGCGAUCGACAGUCGCAGCGGCAACCCUGCCGCCGCCGCCGCCGCCACCACCCCCGCCGCCGCGGGCGGCGAUGACCACCGGGGGGGUCCCAAGAAGCCGCUCGUCAGGGGGAGGUCGGCGAGGAGGUUCUGGGCGUCUCGCGGCGGCGUCCCACCUCGGCUCGAGCUCUUGCCGAGCCAUAGCCACGGGCACGACGGGGCGCUCGCCGACGUUGACGAGAGCUCGGCGGACGAGGGGACCGCGGCGGCGGGCCGCCACGACAGCCCCAGCGUACGAAGAAGAAAAAGUGGUGACGCUAGUUCGCCGGGGGUGGAAGAACGCGCGGGUACGCGGGCGAGCGGCGACUGUACCGCCAGCGAGGCCCCCGAGGCGGGGGCGGUGGCGGCUGCCGCCGAGCCUGGCGUGGCAGCAGAUAUUACUACUGCUGCGGCGGCGGCGGGUGAUGACGGGGGAGGAGACCAAGACGGCGACGAAAACGCCUCCGCGGCCGCCCACCGGCAGGUCGGUAGCGGCAGGUGGGACGAGCACUUGCAGGCCGUCACCCGGGCGGCCUGGCUCGGGUCCAAGCAGGCCAGCAGCCGAGGCUUCAACUCGAACGCGUCCUCUGUGUCGGCAGCCUCCACGUCCAACGACCCGACUACUCGAAUCGCAGCGGCGGCGGCGGCAGGAGCAGCACAGUUGUCAGCCCGCGGAGCCGGUGGCGCCAACGAGCGGUUCUUCCCGCGCGGCGGCCGCGACUCGUGCCACUCGGCGAGAAGCAGCCGCGACUUGGGUGAUAAUGACCGUAGGGAGGGGGCUCCGGCGGGAGCGCUGCCGACAUCGCCCCCUCGAUCUCCACCGCCUGCCGCCGCCGCCUCGCCGGACACUGACCUCGGGGGCGACGGUGUAUCGCGCGCAGGGACUCCCGGCGGGUCUUCGCGGCCGGAAGGCGGGAGGGAUGGCCGCACGACCAGGGUGGCGGCGGCGGCGGCGGACGAGCGGGUUGCCGGCAGCGGGUUCCUGUACCGAGUGGUGUUCGACGGGCUGAAUGUUCUCAUCACUCUCAAGCUCAGGGACAGCAUCCUUCUACUGGUGCAGAGCGGGUUGGAAGUGGCGCUCGCGAACCUCCCCGGGCUUUUCAAGCCGUCCAAAGCCUUGCUGGCUAAGGAGCGCGAAGGGGAGGUGCUACCGGGGGAGUUGCGCAGACGAACGUCCUUGGACCUGAAGCAGUUCACCGAUAAGCCCCUUGCUUUGCCUGGAAGGAAGCGAGACUCUGGAUCCCUGGGGUCCGCGACACCUUUCAGCAAGGCCGAGAGGCAGAGCGAAGACAGCGCCUACUCCCUCACGGCCGGUGCGGGGGGAGGUGGGGGCGCGACUCGAGUUGGCGCCGGGGCGCCGGCGUCGCCGUCGAUUCGGGGGGGUGAGGGGGGCCCCGCGAUGCACAAGCUGUUUUCGAUCGAGCUGCGUCGGACGCAGAUCCAGCUGCUGGGAAGCGAAACGGCGAGGGCCACCCUGCUGUUCUCCAUGGAGCAAGGGGUCAUACAGGGGUGGGUGGGCUUGGACCCCGUCGAGGAAGGUGUCGUCGCCGCAAGGCUCAAGCAGGGAGAUGUGGCCGAGAGCUACAGGCUGCAGUGCCUGGCGCAGCGGCUUCUCACCACCUUCAGGGAGGCGGUCACCGUGGGCCUUGAGGGGACCAUGCUCUCCGCCGCACCCACAGCCCCUGCCCUCGCUCCCAGCGGAGGAGAAGAAGAGAACACGCCUCGCCAGACGCACCUGCGGCGGUCGGCGGCGACCAAGACCACCACCGCCGCCGGCGAUCCGUUCUUUGGCAGCGGCGAGUGGGCCGCCGGGGGGUUUCCGGACCACCCAUCGCCGUCGGCGACGGCAGGCGCGCCUGAAGGUCCCGCGAAUGUUUAA